AUGGGAAAUACAAUUAAGUGGCUUUUUCAGUUUCCACCAUUUCAGUUUAUAUCAAAAGAAUUCAGAGAACUCUGUAUUUUAGCAAUCCGUCAGGGGCCGGUACCUAAACACAUUGCUUUUGUAAUGGAUGGAAACCGGCGGUGGGCGAAACAUAUGAAUCUGGAGUCAGCAGAUGGACAUAGUCGAGGAUUUGAAAAUAUGAAGCACAUUUUGGAGGUUUGUUAUAAAGUAGGAGUAAAAGUUGUGACAAUUUAUGCAUUUUCUAUCGAAAAUUUUAAAAGAUCAAAAUAUGAAAUUGAUAUUAUUAUGGAUAUCAGUAAAACACAUUUGGCACAACUUUGUUCUCAUGGGGAUAUGGUAGAUGAAUAUGGAAUUCAGUUAAAUGUUCUUGGUCAAAAAUCAUUAUUAAAGCCUGAUCUUCUUGAGGUUAUAGAAAAAGCAACUAAUAUGACAAAGUCGAAUACAAGAGUUGUUUUGAAUAUAUGUUUUCCAUAUACUUCUCGUGAUGAAAUUACUACUGCAAUACGUGAAAUAGCAAAUAAAUCAAAGCUUGGGAAAUUAGAUACAGAAAAGAUCGAUGAAAAGACUUUAGAUCAGCACAUGUUCACUAAUGGAUGCCCUCCACUCGAUAUGCUUAUACGGACAAGUGGGGUUCAACGGUUAAGUGAUUUUAUGUUGUGGCAAUGUCAUAAAACAACAAAAAUUAAAUUUGUAAGUUGCUAUUGGCCCGAGUUUAAUGCUUGGAAAUUUUUACCUCUUAUUCUUGAAUACCAGUUAUCAACAUUUAGGUUUACUUAUGAUACAAAUAUAAACAUAUACAACUGA